AUGACUGGUUCACUUAAACCUCAUAUCCUUCCAUCUAUAUCUGCUUGUAUUUCCUCUUCCUUGUCUGAACCAACUUCUUAUGCUCAAGCUAUUAAGGAUCUACGCUGGCAACGUGCAAUGAGUGAUGAGUAUAAUGCUCUUAUUCAAAAUAACACUUGGAAAUUAGUUCCUCCUCCCCCAGAUGCAAAUAUCAUCGGGUUGGACUACAACCAAACAUUUGCUCCUGUGAUCAAAUUGAGUACAGUUCGUCUUAAUGAUGAUGAAAUCAUAGUUCUAUUAAUUUAUAUGGAUGACAUUGUUGUAUUUGGAUCCUCUAAGAAUCUCAAUCAUCAAUUUGUCUCUUCCAUGCACUCUGAGUUUUCCAUGAAGGAUUUGGGUCCUUUGAGAUAUUUUCUUGGUGUGGAAUUAGUCCCGAAUUCAGAUGGUCUUUUGUUGUUACAGUGUAAGUAUAUCAAUGAUAUCCUAACACGCUUUGAUUUAGCCCAAACAAAGCCUGUUCUUACCCUUCUUCAUAGCAAGAUGGGCUGGAAUUCUGUUGAGAGUCAAUUGCUUGAUGAUGUUUCUAUUUUUCGACAAAUGGUUGGUAGCCUUCAAUACUUAUCUUUUACAAGGCUAGAUAUCCAAUUUGCAGUUAACUUUGCUUCACAAUUUCUUUACAAGCCUCGCCAGAUUCAUCUACAAGCAGUCAAGUGCAUCUUUCGCUAUCUCAAGGGCACUAUUAGAAAUGGACUACAACUUUAUGCUCGUUCUCCUUUGUCGCUUACUAUAUAUUCCGACUCUGAUUGGGCUGGAUGCACAACUACUAGGCGAUCAACCUCUGGUUUCUAUAUUUUCCUUGGAGAUAACUUAAUCUCUUGGGCAGCAAAGAAGCAACAUACUGUGGCUAGAUCAAGUACUGAAGCUGAGUAUAGAGCUCCAGCUACAGCAACAGUGGAGGCUACUUGGUUGCAGUUUCUUCUUCGUGAUCUAGUCAUUUUUCUUAAAACUCCUAUGAUAGCUAAGUGUGAUAACAUUGGUGCUAUAUAUUUAACUCAUAAUCUUGUCUAUCAUUCUCGUUCUAAGCAUGUGGCUUUGGAUUAUCAUUUUAUUCAUGAAAAAGUGAAACAAGGCAAUCUCAUUGUUUCUCAUGUUCACACAUCUCAGCAAUUGGCAGACUUGUUCACCAAAGUACUUUCUUCUACAAGGUUUCAGGAUCUUCUCAACAAUCUUCAUGUUCGUUCCUCCCCUUUUGAUUGA